AUGGAAGAACAAUUUCCAACACCACCAAUAUCAUCACCUCAAGAAGAACCACUUCUAACUCAACAAUUUGAUAAUGAGUUAUACCAACCCCAACAACCCCAACAACCCCAACAACAACAACAACAACAACAACAACAACAACAACAACAACCCCAACAACAACAACAACAACAACAACAACAACAACAACAACAACAACAACAACAACAACAACAACAAGAAGAACAACAAAGACAACAACCACUACGACAACAACAACAACAACAACAACAAUUACCAUUACCAUCACCAUCAAAAUCAGGAGGAGGAACAAAUGUAGGAUUAAAUAAAAGAGAUGGAAUGUUUCUAAUUAAAGAUAUACCAAGAGAAGAAUAUGAAAGGAUUAGGGAAUAUAAAGUAAAUGGUAGUUUUAUACAAUGUUUUUCAAUUUCAGAAUUAAAAGAAGAGAUUAGAAGAAGAGAACCAUCUGGAAACAUUCAAGGUAAAAAAAUAGAUUUAAUAAGAAGGUUAAUUUCAAUUUGUGAUGGUGGUGUUUCCUCAGUAAAUAAAAGAGUAAGAUCAGCAACUGAUGAUGAUGAUGAUUAUGGUGCGCCAAAAAAAAAUAAUUUAAAACGUAAAAAAAAAUAUAAAAAAUCUAGAGAUAUAGCUUUACCAUCAAUCGAUACAACUGAUGAUGAUGAUGAUGAUGAUGAUGAUGACGAUGAUAAUAAUAAUAAUAAAGAAAAAGAACAACAAAAAGAAGAUGGUAAUCAAGAACAUGAAAAUGGUCAUAAUCAUGAGAAUGGUUUAAAUAAUAAUGUUAAUAAUAAUAUUAAUAAUAAUAAUAAUAAUAAUAAUAAUAUUAUUUUUAAAACUGGCAAAAGAGGUCGUCCACCUAAAAAUUCAUCAGCAUCAUUAUCAUUAUCAUCAUAUAAAAAGAAAAAUAAAAUAAGGAGUAAAAAUAAAAAUAAAGAUAGUGAUAGUGAUAAUAAUUUAACAGAUUCAGAUACAUUUAGUAAUGAAUAUUCAUCAUCAGGAUCAGAAUCAUCAGGAUCAGAAUCGGAUAAAGAGGAACCAUUAUCAAAAGAGAUAAAUUAUUUAAAACAACAAUUGAAAUCUAAAGAGAUGGAAAAAGAUAUGAAAAAGAAAACCAAGGAAAUGAAACAAUUACAAAUGAAAAUUAAAAGUCAGAAUAGAAAAAUUCAAAAAUUAAAAGCAUUAAAUUUAAAUAACCUCUAUUUGGAUAACAAUAGCAUUGUGGAAGACAGUUGUGAUUUUGCAUUACAACUAUUUGAAAGGGUUUCCAGUCAAUUCAAAUACCAACACAUAUCUAAAAAGGUCAAUGAUGAACCCAAUGAAAAUAAAACAAAAACUCAUUCAGAGUUUAUCAGAUUCAUUGUAUUGAAAGUAAUGAACUCUGAUUUCGAUUAUAAUCAACCAACUAAGUUAAUACCAUCACCUCUUAUAUUUCUCUAUUGGAAGAAAUUGGUACUCGAUACUCAUAGGUAUAGACAUUUCAGUAAGAUUUUAGGCUAUGAUAUACCAUUUAAAGUAUCGGAUAAAAAGGAUCUAAACGAUCCUGAAAAACAUGAUCAUUGGCGUUCAAGAUAUCAAUACACUAUCUCCCAAUAUAAAAAAUAUUUCCCUGAUGUCGCUUACGAUGUUUUCGGUGAUAUCACCUUAAAAAUUGUUGCCAAACCCGAUUCAAAUUGGCCAUUAGAUUAUUUAAAAUUUUCAACUUACUCAACUCCUUUACCAAUUAUUAAUAAUUAUAAAAUUAAUUCAUCAUUUACAAAUGAUUAUGAAAAUAAUCAAUUAUUUUCAACACCACCAUUAUCUAUUUCAACACCAUUUGAUAAUAAUAAUAAUAUUAAUAAUAAUAAUAAUAUCAAUAAUAAUAAUAAUAAUAAUAGUAAUAAUAAUAAUAAUAAUAAUAAUAAUAAUAAUAAUAAUAAUAAUAAUAAUAUCACCAAAAAUACAACAUCAACUACUUCAAGUUCAACAACAAUUAAUCCAUCAUCUUCUUCUUCUCCUUCUUUAGAAUAUUUAUUAUCUAAUCCUUUACAAUAUGAACCAUCAAAAACUCCACAACAAAUUUUAGAUCAACUUCAACAACAAAAACAACAAACAGGUUCACCACAAAAACAAAAUCCUCAAUUGAGAAAUACAAAACAAAGACAACAACAGCAACAAAUACUUCAAGAGUUUCAACAACAAGAACAACUAUCAGUACAUAUCCCACCUAUUCAAAUUCCACUUACACCAGUAGCACCACAUAAAACUGCCACUAUUGCCUCUCCUUUACCAAAUAUUAUUAAUACACCAUCAUCAGCAACAUCAUCAUCAUCAGCAACAGCAGCAACUACAACUACAACUACUAUAGCACCUUCAACACCAUCAUCAUCUCUAAAUACACCACACUCUGAAAAAAAACAAAUUAAACAUAUCACACUUUCAGUAAAGAGUAAUGAGAGUGAAGUAUUUAUAAAGGUUGCUGAAACAACAGCAUUGGGAAGAUUAAUUAAUGCUUAUUGUCAAAAGAUGGGUAUUCAAAAGAGUUUAAAUUCUUUUAAAUAUAAAGGUAAAGAUAUUGAAACUAGUAAUCCUAAAGAAUUAGGUAUGAAAGAAAAUGAUGUUAUUGAUGUUAUACCACUCAACGCUUCAACUUCAUCUAUUGAUAAUGGAAGUGGUCCUUUGGAUAAUAAUAAUAAUAAUAAUAAUAAUAAUAAUAAUAAUAAUAAUAAUAAUAAUAAUAAUAAUAAUAAUAAUAAUAAUAAUAAUAACAAUAAUAGUAAUAAUGAUAAUAAUAAUGAUAAUAAUAAUAAUGAUAAUAAUAGUAAUAAUAAUAAAGAUAAUAAUAAUAAUAAUAAUAAUGAUAAUAAAAAUAAAGAUAACAAUAAUAAUAGUGAUAAUAAUAAUAAUAAAGAUAAUAAAAAUAAUGAUAUUAACAAUAAUAACAAUAAUAAUAAUAAUAAUAUUAAUAGUAAUGAUAAUACUAAUAAUAUUAAUAAUAAUACAUCAUCAUCAUCAAAUGAUUCAUCUGCAACAACAGCAACACCUACUCAAACUUCUUCUAUUUUAUCAUCUGGUUCAAUUGAGGCAUAA